UCGGCGGAGAGACCGACGCCGACGAGCAGGAUGGUGGAGCGGUCGGACCGAGCCCCUCUGUUGGACUGGGAGGAAAUCCCAUCCGCGGAGAAACCCGGCGACGAUGCCCCGGCGGCGACUCCCUCCGAGGAGCGACUGUCGAGCCCGUCCAACAGCCGCGGCACGGCGGGAUGCUCGGGGUUUGGGUGGAGCAGCGGACCUGGGGGUCCCACUCCGCCCAGCAGGUCCGAAGCAGACGGCUGCAGCGCCCCGCCCGCGACCUCCAGCGCCCCGCCGGCGGCCCCGGAACGAGCGCUGCCGCCCGACGAGGAGGAGCAUCUCUCGGAUUCAGGGACGAGGGAGGCGUCGCUGGAGGACAGGAUGGUGAAGUGGGAGGAAAAGGACCAGAUUGUGUCUGUCUUUGUAGUUACAUUUAAUACCAGAACAGGUAACAUGUUGGAGUGGUGUCUACCCAAAGACAUGGACCUGGAGGGAGUGGAGUUCAAAGCCAUCGCCAGCGGCUCCCACCGAGUCAGCACCGACUUCAUCUACUUCCGGAAAGGCCGCUACUUUGGCCUCGCCUGCUUCGCCAACAUGGCGGUGGAGAGCACUGAGGAGAGGGGGGCCCGGAUGAAGUCGGUGGGGAUCCUGUCUCCGUCCUACACGCUGCUCUACCGCUACAUGAGCUUCCUGGAGCACCAGGUCAGGCUCCAGCUUCAGUCCCCGGGACACUACUCACCCCUGGAGGCCUUUUAUGAGGACAAGAGGGCGCUGCUGCCCCCCAGUGGAGAGGAUGUUGUAACUGCAUUCCCAGCCAACGCAUGGGGAGCUGCGAUUAACCACAGCAUGCACCCUGAGAUGAAGAUCACUCAUCCAGCAGGCUGCAUGUCCCAGUUCAUCCGCUUCUUUGGGGAACAGAUCAUGGUCCUUUGGAAACUGGCUCUCCUCCGAAGGCGGAUCCUCAUCUUCUCUCCUCCGCCCGUGGGUGUGGUCUGCUACAGAGUGUACUGCUGCUGUUGCCUGGCCAACAUCUCCAUCCCCGGUGUCGGCGUGGCAGUGCCCGAGUUCCGGCCUUUCUUCUACGUUAACGUCGCCGACAUCAGUGCCCUGGAAAACGAGCUUUCCUAUGUAGCAUGUACGACUGAGAAGAUCUUUGAGGAGAAGAAAGAUCUGUAUGAUGUGUAUGUUGAUAAUCAGAAUGUGAAGACCUACAGAGACGGGCUGAAGCCUCUGCUGCGCCUCAGCGCCGCCGACAGAGAGAAGUAUCGCAAGCUCACCGAGCAGAGGCAGAUGUUGUUGUAUUCCCAGGAGGAAAAUGGAGACUGUGUGUCCAGCGAGGAGGAUCUUUUUAUUUUGUUUUUCCUGGAGCAGAACAACAGGAUUUUCCAGACUCUGAGUGAGGUGGCAGGGAGCCCGGAUCCCACCAUCACCCAGGACAGCGUGAAGGCCAUGGGUCUGGAUCCCCAUGGAGACAGACUCUUCCUGCUCCACCUGCUGGAAAUCUACGGCUAUGACAGUCUGCUGGUUUCAGAGCAGCUGUGCUGCAGCUGAGAGUUUUUAUUGUUUUUUUUUUUCUGUCUGUCAUCACUGCUGGUUUAACACAGGGGGCUUAUCUGCCUCUGAUUGCUGCACCACUGGCUUUGGGACACUGUUGAAGGCGCCAUGCUGUAAUGUUUGGUCUGCUGAGGGUCUCCUUCAUGACUGCCAGAUCGUCUGAUCUCAGUGGUACCGACAAAAACGUGGUAAAUUCUACUUAGCAGAGCCUUGUGGAGAGUUCCAUACAGCCGUUGUGUUUGAUAUCAAUACUGAGCCAUGUUUUUUUCCCCAGACUGUUUUAAACAUUUGACUAGAUAAACGAAAACUGAACCGCACAAACGUAUUAAGCCAGCAAGUUUUACUGUACGAAAGGUAACUACAGGUGGGCUUCCUGUAAAUAAGGCUGAUUUGUCUAUGAUCUGUGUGUCAGUGUAUGUAUGUGAUAUCAGGUCUGAAUUUCUGCCAGUGUUGCACUUCAUGUACCGUGUGCUGGAUUUUAAAGAGACACUUUUUUGCCCAGGUGAUCCAAAUUAGGGCUCAAGGUCUUUCACCGACACGUCAAACUGCCUUCGCCAUCACCAAGUACGUCUGUAACAUCACCAACUAAGUGACAUUUAGUGACACAACGUAUGUCUGAGAGGAGAACGUUUUAAAGACACAAAGGCAGGUUGGUUCUAGAGAUAAUGUCGAUGUUUAUCUUUGCACUUUUAGACAUCAGGAGUAUAGCUUUGAGAUGAAUAAUGUCAACAUACAAGGCCAAUUUAGCUCCAUUAGGAAGAAUAAUUUUGUCAUUGACCAAAAAAAAAAAAGAAAAGUUUUUCAGAGCAAAAACAAAAAGCACUGAAAUCAUCCAUUACUAUUACAAUGUAAUGGAAAAAGUAGACUAUUUGAAUGGAGCUACCGAGAUUUAUGUAGCUCAACAGCUCCCUCUGGCUUCUAUUAGAUGUAUUGCACGAUUAAGAUCCAAGAUGAGGGGAUAGUUACUGCAGCUUCUUUUGCGCUACAAGUAAUCUGUAAUAAUAUACAGUGCCUUGCCAAAUUAGGUGUACUCCUUAAGCGUUUCCACAUUUUUGUCACAUUACAACCAGAAACCUCAAUGUAGUUUAGAAGUAUUUUUAUGUAUUAGCUUUUUUGCAGGGUUAACACAAUAUCAGUCAGGAUGAAUGUGAGUUUUACCACAGAUUCCCGUAUAGAUUCACGUCUGGAGUUUGACUAGGCCUCCCCAAUGAAUGAAUACAAUUGAUUUAAAAAAAAAAAAGAAAAGGCAGACAUUACCUGUCUGGCGCAUUCCUUAGUGCUUUUUGUUUGUUUGCACACCUUAGAACAAAUAGAGGUAUUCUGGAUGUCCUGAAUUUUAUUUUGAUUUAUUUAAAUAGAGGACUUAAUGAAAUACUUGCCACAUGUUUCACCUUUUGCUAUUGUGUGUAGCACACAUAAAAUUAGACGACACACAGAAUUAUGUGGCUAAAAUGUGAAAAUGAUUAAGGUGUAUGAAACCAGUAUACCACUGUAUAGCCACACAGCUUUUUGCACAUUUUACUUUUGGUGACUUUUAAUGGUUAAUCCGCAUAGUUCUAGAAAUCACACUCAAACCCCCUCAAAAUGUGCUUCAGAAUAAUCAUCUGUAGAUGAAAACACACCCAUUUAUUUUAAAUGCAUACAGAAACACGCUGCACUGUAAGAUAACCCGGAGCUUUUAAUCAGUGUCCUGCAUUAACCAUGAGAUCCAGAGGUCUAACUCAGUGAUUCUUUUUCUAUCUUAGUUUUAUCUGUAAGAUAUUAAAUGUGAAUCUAAAUGUGUUUUUAUGUAAAGAAAUGGGAUCAGCUGAAUGUGUUUUAUACAGCGACAAUGAUCUCCCCGAGCCUCCAUGUAUAUCAAACCCACACACCUGUACACUGUAAGAAAACAUUUCCACGUCUCGCCAACUAAAGCUACUUGUACAAAGCAGAAGCAAACAUCUUUGUAGUUAAAGAUAGUCUGAGUCAUGUUAAAAACACCUUUGCUUUAUUUAUUUUCACCGUCAAUCAUGUCAGAAAUAAAGUGCACAACCACUUUUAAUAAAAAUUCUUCUCUUGC